UAGAGUAGGGGCGGGUCUUCGCAGAAUGCGGAAAAGUAAAAAAUAACACGACUAAACGACGUCUCAACGAACGAUGCGAAACAUCAACAACUAAUAACACAAGUCUCUCUCAGUAGGCGAGUUUAAGUCAAGUAGUACUUGUGCUCCCGGGCAGAGGAGACAUGGCCAGCAGCAGCAGCUCUGUGGACAUGGAUCCAGAUGUUGCUCGGAGGCUGUUUGAAGAGGGAGCUACCCUGGUGCUGCUGGGGGUCCCUCAGGGUACAGAGCUGGGGAUUGACUGCAAGAGUUGGCAGGUUGGUCCCCGCUUCAGAGGUGUGAAGAUGAUCCCUCCAGGCCUGCACUUCCUCAACUACUGCUCGGUCAACUCACCGAGCUGUGGAGGAGAAAUUGGCCCAAAGACAGGCCUCUUCCUCACUCUUAAACCUAGAGAGAUCCUGUUGGCUAACUGGGAUCCCAAAGAGGAAGAUCUGGACUUCUCAGCCUCCCAGAAUGAAGAGGAGGUGAGCAGGAUCAGGGAGAAUCUGCAAGAUCUGGAUCCAUACCUUGGGCCCUAUCCCUACGAGGUGAUGAGGAAAUGGGUGUCCCUGACUGACCGUCUGUGUGAAGAGGUGGCCAAUAACUUGCAGCCUCUCUCAGGCCGAAUAUGUGCCUUCAGUGAUGUCAUUCCUGAGCUUCAGUUAAGACACACCAAGGACAGGGCAGAGCAGCCGAGGAACGACACAGCCUGCCAGAGCAUGAGAGAGGGACUCAACAGGCUCCCCAGGAUGAAGCAGAGGGAGGGGACGGAGUUGCGCUUCUCUGUUAUCCCCGAGAAGACCUACCCUCCUGGGGCUACACCAGCCGAGAUCACCCAGUACAGCAUGGACUUCAGCUACGCCCUGGAGACUGUGCUGGAGAAGAACCACGGGCUGCAGCCUCUCAACCUGCUAGGUGAGCUGCAGUUUGCCUUUGUGUGUUUCCUGAUCGGAGAUGUGUACGAGGGCUUUGAGCACUGGAAGAAACUUCUGGCUCUUCUGUGUCGAUCCGAGGCGGCCAUGCGGAAGCGCAAGGAACUCUACCUGGGGCUCAUCGCUGUGCUCUACCACCAGCUCGGAGAAAUCCCUCCUGACUUCUUUGUGGACAUCGUGUCUCAGAACAACUUCCUCACCUCCACACUGCAGGACUUUUUCCAGUUUGUCAUCGGCCCUGGAGUAGACGGCACACUCCGCAAGAGAGCAGAGAAGUUCAAAGCACACCUGACCAAGAAGUUUCGAUGGGAUUUUGAGGCAGACUUGGACGACUGUGAGCCUGUAGUGGUUGAGCUGCCUGAAGGUGUAACAGUGGACUGAAAUUGCUCUACUGUGGACUUACAUACAUGAACCAUAAGCAGGGAACAGGACUGAAGGAGAUCAGAGAAGAAGACCAGAUCCAAACGUUCUCAGAAGGCUUGAGGAAACAAGAACACUCGGCCACUCCGCUGCUACAGUCCUCCAAAUGACCACACACUCUUAGUGUCAAUACAUUAAUAGCUUUCUAGCAGUAUGUAUUUACAGUAUGUGUCCCCAACACAUACUGUUUGGGUUGAAAAAUGUCUUCUUGCACAUUUAUACAAUUUGUACACUGUUAUAAAGAAAGCAACCCUAAGUGUUAGUCAUGGCAGGGCUGCAGUAUACUACAUGGCAGUGGCACCCUCUGGUGGUGGGUUCCUGUAAGCUCAGCAAGCAAGUUCUCUUUGCUUGGCAGUUAUAGUCACAUUGUAUCACAUUUAUUACUAAAAUCAGUUGGUCCCCAAAUAUUUUUUUUACUUCAAUUUAGUCAGGCUUCUUCAGUUCUUCAAUUAGUGGCUAUGCUAAAAAUUAUGAACAGUGUACACAGACCCGUUAUCCUCAUCAGUGAAGGAGAACUCAAUAAUUCACCAGAUCUGCCUCAUAAUAACUGUAUAGAUGAAGGAACUCUAAUUAUAAAUGUAAUAUCUUUAUAAGAAUUCUCGAUAUACACGAUUUUGCUACAAGAAAACAAAAGUAUAGUAUUGUGUGACUGCAGUGAUUCUAUACCUCAUUUAUUAAAAAUGAAUAAUGCUGAAUGUUGAUGAAUCCUUUUUGUUGCCACACUGUUUGGAAAAUGUCAAAGUCGUGGUUCUUCAUGUUAAAUUAGUCAAACAUAAAGACCAUGUCUAUUUUCCUCAAAACAUUUUUACAGAAUUUUACUGUUCUAUGAUUUAAAAUAAUAAAAGUUCCCUCUAAUAAAUGCAAAG